AUGAUUGGUCUCAUGCAAGAAAAUGGACCCUGCAAGGUGAACGCGGAUUCUAAUUCGACAGAGUUGAACCCCUGGUCGUGGAACAACUACGUGAACAUGCUGUACAUUGAUCAGCCUAAUCAAGUUGGCUUCAGCUAUGAUGUGCCGACAAACGGUACCUUCGACCAAGUCACCGGCGGAUGGAACCUGUCUGAGUGGACUCACGGAGUGCCUGAGCAGAACAACACCUUCUACGUUGGUACGACCACCAGUCAGAAGAAGACGGCGACAGCCAACAGUACCGAAAACUCGGCACGAUCUCUCUGGCACUUCGCGCAGACUUGGUUCAGCGAGUUCCCCGAAUACAAGCCUCAUGAUGACAGGGUUAGCAUCUGGACCGAGUCCUACGGCGGUCGCUAUGGUCCAUCGUUCACGGCUUUUUUCCAGGAGCAGAAUGAGAAAAUUGCCAACGGCAGCAUUCAUAACCCGGAAGACUCGCACUACAUCCACUUGGAUACCCUUGGUAUCAUCAACGGCUGCGUCGAUCUUCUAGUGCAGGAGCCCUCCUAUGUUCAGAUGGCUUACAACAACACCUACGACAUUCAAACCAUUAACAAAACCAUCUAUGAUCAAGCCAUGCACGCCUGGAGUCGGCCUGGUGGAUGCAAGGACUUGAUUACAGAGUGCCGUGCCUUGGCUGCUGAGGGCGACCCCCAAAUGUACGGCACCAAUCAAACAGUCAACAAGGCAUGCCAAAAGGCCGACAGCUUCUGCAGUAACAGCGUCGAGGGAGUAUACCUGGAAUACGCAGACCGUGGCUACUACGACAUUGCACACAAGAACCCGGACCCUUUCCCAGAACCAUACUUCCUCGGCUGGCUGAACCAGCACUGGGUCCAAGGCGCGCUGGGCGUCCCAAUCAACUUCACUGAAUCGAACGAUGGUGUCUACUACGCCUUUUCCUCAACGGGCGAUUACCCACGCUCAGAUGUGCGCGGCUAUCUCGAGGAUAUCGCGUACGUCCUCGACUCCGGUAUCAAGGUUGCCCUCGUCUACGGCGACCGUGACUACGCCUGCAACUGGAUCGGUGGUGAGGAAGUUAGUCUUUUAGUUGAGCAUGCCGAAGCUGCCAAUUUCCGUGAUGCGGGCUACACUCCCCUCCACACGAACUCGUCCUACAUUGGCGGUCAAGUCCGUCAGCAUGGAAACUUCUCCUUCACCCGGGUCUACGAAGCUGGUCAUGAAGUUCCAGCUUACCAGCCUCAAACUGCGUAUGAAAUUUUCCAUCGUUCACUUUUCAACCGUGAUCUUGCUACGGGUAAAAUCAAUACUGCUCACAAUACCUCAUAUGCCACGAAUGGCCCGGAGUCGACUUGGGAUAUCAAGAACGAUGUUCCUGAGAGUCCUGGGCCGCUUUGCUAUAUCCUUUCUCUUGGUUCAACAUGCACUGAUGAGCAGAUCAAGGCUGUUGAAAAUGGGACCGCACUAAUUGAGGAUUGGGUGGUUGUUGGUGGGAAGUCCUAG